AUGUCUUUUCAUACACAGAAGCUUGUCCCUUGCUCUGAGCAGACCUCUUCAAGUUGUCGACACUCUGAUAUAUUCGAUUCAUUUCAGUCCCUGAAACUUAAACCCUCUCCCCAGCCAAAAGUUUCGCCAGCCAUGAGCAGCUUACAAGGAUAUUAUGGUCUUAAACAGCUAGAUCAGAAAGCUGCAUCAGAAGGAUUUGAAAUGGCAGUGUAUAGUAAGGCAGGAUCACAUUAUUUAGAAGAUGGCCCAUUUUACAAAUCCUCUCCUCUUUCAAAUCCACCACAUAGUCUUCAGAGAAAAUAUAAAAGUGUAGCUAAUGGUUUUAUGUCAAAGAAUGGAGUUCCGGCAAAUCAUCUAUCAACACAGGACACCAGAGACAAUGGUUCGGAUAGAUGGUUUGAGAAAUUAGUGAGAAUGCGUCAAAAGUCAGAGACUCAUUUCACGCGUACUCCAGAAAUGUUGUUGAAGGAAGAUGACUCAAUGCAACUCAAAUAA